AUGUGCAGGAGGGUCUUGAUCAAUGUGCUGAUUGUGGCCUUCUGUUCUGGCAUUUUGCAAGCGGAGGUCUGCAAGAUAGACAUGAAGGAAUGCGUCUUCCAUUUUGAGGUUGAGCACCGACUAACCAUGAUGAGAGGUAAAACAUUGGUCUUUCCGCACGGUGGUAAUGUGUUUGCGUACGACGUUAAUGACACAUCCACCGCUGAACCAAUUCCACAUGACCAGGUGAUUACAGCCGAUGGGUGGGAGAAUCCAAGACUUGUUUCUGUAGUCAACGGGCAAUUCCCAGGGCCAAAUAUAAUCGUUUUUGAGGGGCAACAGAUUGUCGUGCAUGUAAAGAACAAACUGAACAGUCACGGAGUUACCAUUCAUUGGCACGGUCUUCAUCAGGUCGACACGCCGUGGAUGGAUGGGGUCCCGUUUGUGACACAAUGCCCGAUACUUCCAGGACAGUCAUUUACCUAUCGCUUCAAGGCCAGUCCAAAAGGAACAUUCUGGUGGCACUCGCACGCAGGGGCACAGAGAACCAUGGGUGUGUACGGAGCUUUCAUAAUCAAAGAGAGAACCGAGACGACCACAGAAGAUCUAAUAAUGCAAAUAACGGACUGGAACCAUGACAUGGAUUCUGACACGGAUCACGCGAAAAUGAUCUACGGUGUGUACGAUGGAAGAAAGAAAUGGAACCCAAGCCAGUCACUAGAUAGUAGUUUCUUUAGUAUGUUGCUUAUACAUUCUUUACUUAUCAAUGGGAGAGGACGAUACUACCAGGAGAAUAAUAUUGACCACAAUGGCGCUCCUUUAACUGUUUACAACGUCAAGUCAGGCAACAAAUAUCGGUUCCGAGUUAUUGGAACUGGUGCAUUAUAUCCCUUCAGGAUAUCAAUCGACUCGCACACAUUGACUGUUGUUGCCUCUGAUGGUUACGACCUGAAACCAGUUGAAGCAGAAUCAUUUGUCAUUAAUCCAGGCGAGAGAUUCGACUUCGAGAUUACAGCCAAUCAGCCGGUCGGUAACUAUUGGAUACGUGGCAUUACGUUGGAGAAAGGACGCUACCGCCGAGCAGAUGCAAUUUUACGCUAUGAAACCGCUACUGCGUCUGACCCAAAGACAAACCGCCAGCAAUGUACAGCUGCAAAGACAUGUUUAGUUUUAAAUUGCCCUUUUACAUAUUAUCCAGAAGCUUACACUGAAUGUGUAACGUUUGACCAGUUGAAAUCUGCUGUAAAUGACGACCCAGCACCUGUCUUUGAGCCUGGCAUGUCCAAAGAAUAUUUCCUUAAUUGGGCUUUUCCUGGCGUGAAACCUUACCCGGGUUCAGUCAACGGGCACCCGGGUUCAGUCAACGGGAGAGACUUUCAUACCCCGGAUGUAAAUCCUCUUUUGCAACCAAAGGAAUGGUCAUCCCCUUGUAAAUCUCCAGAGUGCGGCGAUGACCGACAUUGUUUGUGUACGCAUGCGUUAGAAAUAGGCGGUGGGGAUACUAUUCAAAUGAUCUUAAUGAACAUGGGAAUGGGCAAAGGAUGGUCGCACCCUAUACACAUGCACGGACAUUCGUUCUACGUCCUGAAAAUGGGAUACGGGAAUUAUAAUUCAUCAACAGGGGCGAUACAAGGCGACAAUUCAGAUAUCGAUUGCAGAGGACCAGUUACCGACCCUAAUAAAUCAUUUUGCAACAACGCAACAUGGCGUGAUGCGGCUUGGCUCAACGGACGUGUACCGGGCUUAGAGCUGAACAAUCCUCCUCGUAAAGACACGAUUAUUGUUCCCACUGGCGGAUAUGUUGUCAUUCGGAUAAAGGCUGACAACCCCGGUCUCUGGAACAUGCACUGCCACAUUGAACUUCACAGUAUGGACGGCAUGCUUAUGCUGUUAAAUGAAUCGUUCACUGAAAUACCAUCAGCGCCGAAAGGAUUUCCAGACUGCCAUUCGUAUCCGCCAUCUCCUUACAGAAUGAACCUUAUAUCGAAGGCAGAGGAACACCAGCAAGAUAGGGAAGACAUCCAAGUUAUCCGCAGAGAUGAGGAAAUUACACAUGACCAUCCCAUGAGUCAGCGAAUCAAGAUAAACUGGUUCCGGACAAAGAAGAAGAGACUCAACAUGGACAUAAUCCAGUACUACGCCCCGACGAACGACAGUGAAGACGAGGCAAAGAAAAACUUUUACAACAGACUGUCAACCAUCAUACAAGACAGACAAGAGAGAAAAGUACUGGGCCCCAAGUCGUACACCAACAAGGAGUUGAAAUUAGCAGCGUCUCUGCAGAAAGUUAAAGAAAGAAGAACCAACGAAUCAACAAAGUGCCAACAACAGCAAGACAAGAGCAUCAAAAGAAUAAUUCACAAGAAGAGUGAAGCAAAUAUGGAUCGGACCGAAGAGAUUCUUACAACUUUUAAGGGGGUUGCCAAGAGCUCAUUCCUGUGA